CCGCCAAAAAACCAAGCUCAAAGCCUCAAACUAACCGACAGAUGAUGAGGAUUGGGAAUUUGAUUUCCCCAGUUCUUGGGCUGAUUCUAUUAAUUUCCCUUUUCCCCCUGGAUCAGAAAUUCAAGUGCUUCUGCGUAUUUUAUACGAAAAAGAUUAAUACAUUUGGCCAUUUGGGUUCAGUGGUCUGAAAUUCGCGGGAACGAUGGCGGAGGGUUGGUUGGGACCCUCUGUAGCCAAGGGCGCUUCUUCCCUUCUCUUCCACACUCCCAACGUUCCUGCUCCCUUCUCUUCUUCCUCCGCGAGCAGUUCUAGAUCAGCUCUCAGACAGCCGAGAUCCGUCUCCAUGGCGGCUUCAGCGUCUCAAACCCAAUCAUCCCCCAACUCCUCCUCAGAAAUCUCCAGCCCUAGGCCUACUCAGCCAUCUCUUCUCGUCUUCUCCGGUGGUACAGCGUUUAAUGGCGUUGUGGAGGAGCUCAAGAAGUUGACAACUCGAGUGACUCAUGUUCUUCCCGUCUCCGACGAUGGAGGCAGUACAGCCGAGAUUGUUCGUGUUCUUGGUGGUCCUGCUGUUGGAGACAUUAGGUCGAGAUGUUUGAGGCUGUCUGAUCAAAGCACGGUCGAGGCUCUGUCUGUUCGUAGUCUGCUUGGUCAUAGACUACCUCUUGAUGCACACGAAGCCAAGUCAGAAUGUUUCUUUGUUCACGAGAUGGGCUUGAUCAGAGGGCUGAAUUCUGGGAAUUUCAGGUAUAGCAUUGUGGAAGGAAAACAUGAUCUAUGGAAUGGGUUAUCUAGACCAUACAGUGAAACUAUCCUAGCCUUUCUAGUGUAUUUCCAAAAUGAGAUUAUGCGAAGGCCCAAUGAAGCAUUUUGCUUCAGUAAUGGCAGCAUUGGGAAUUUCUUCUUUGCAGGAGCACGCAUAUUUUUUCAGUCUCUAGAUGCUGCUAUAUUUUUGUUUUCACGUGUUUCAGAUAUUCCAUCAGAAAGUUUGGUCCUUCCUGUGAUCUCCACAAAUGACAGGCUUACGUUAGGAUGUGAAUUAUGGAAUGGAACUAUUAUACGAGGGCAAAAUGAAAUUUCUCAUCCAACCAAUGGCUCUAUGCAACCCAUUGACAAGGGAUGUUGUUCAGCACUUCCGUCAAGGAUAAAGCGUGUAUUCUAUAUGUCAAGUGAAGGUGGGAAUUCACUUCAUGAGGUCUUCCCCACGGUAAAUGCUACUGUACUGGACCAACUGAGCACAGUGGAUUGCAUUGUUUAUGCAAUGGGAUCCCUCUUUACUUCAGUUUGCCCAUCACUGGUGUUACGCGGCGUUGGAGAGAAUAUUGCUUCAAGGACCUGCCCCAAGGUUCUUAUGUUGAAUGGUACACAUGAUCGCGAGACAAUUGGGUUUUCUGCUUCCAGCUUUGUGACUGCAAUGGCUGAUGCCUUAAAUCGCAGAUAUGGAGAUCCUCACAAUUGUCUAGGGUACUCUGAAAGCCAAUAUGUGAACACCCUUCUAGUGCCCAAAGGUGGUGCCAUUCCCAUAGACCUUCAUUCCUUGAAUGCUCAAGGGAUCUUUGACGUGAUUGUUGUUGAUUCAGUCGAGGAUCCGAAAGUGGGCAUAAUAUUUGAUCCGGCAUCGUUGAUCAAUGCGCUAGCUGAUUUGAUAGGAAGGCAUAUGAGCUCAAUCGUGAAGGUUUAAAUAAACCGGUUGUAGCUAGGAAGCCAGAGUAAGCAUCCUCUGCUCCGUUCUGGGACGUUUGGGUGGUACAAAUUCCAUUAUGAUGCAACUCUGCCAUUUUCCCAUUGAGUUGGCCGAUUUGAAGAUGCGAAUAGCGAACUGUGGCCUGGAUAGACGAAAAGAAGGAUUCCCAGGCAGGCGAAGUUCAGAACUGGGUCAUCCUGGGAAGAUCAAAUAGCAUGGAGGCCAUUGAUGCUGCUACCCAGGAUAACAGGCUGUUGUCAAGUCAAGACCGUAGAUAAUAUAUUCUUGUUGUAGAAUUACCGACUUUGGAUAGCUGCAUUUCAUUACAUGAACUGUUGAUUGAAAUGGAAUGUACCGUCAUGUUUAUACACAUUAGCCAGUGGUUUUGACCCAUUACGGCAAGAGGAUAUGAAGCUACCAUGGUGAAGAGGAUAUGAACCUACUCGUUAUCUCAUUGGACUUCAACAUAUGUGUCAUUCAAUAAGCAAAUAAUACAGUAGCAUCCAAUGCCUCUGAGAAAUUUGAUCUUGGAGCAAAAAACAGCAAUGGGAGGAUUCAUAAAAGGAACCAUGAACAAUGAGUUGUGGAGUCGAAAUACAAGUACAGGGAAAUCUCAAUCACCUCUGUUCCGCCCAGCCGAGCGAACAACAGCAGAAUUCAGGGUUUAGGAAGCUUUGCCGCUGUUAGGAUUCGACUUGGUGCAGAGGACCCAUCGUCCCUUCGCCCGUCGCCGCUUCAGAAUCGCCCUCCCGCUAGUCGUUCUCAUUCUUCGCCGGAACCCAUGAGUCCUCGCCAGAGACUUCCUUGACCUGUUCCUCUUGGUCAGGCAAAGUGCAGCCUUCCCUGCUCUCACCACCAGUCCGCCGCCCCGCUUUCUUGAUUCCCCGCCGGAGCUCAAACCCACAGUUCCCAGAGACAGACCUGAGAAGGAAGAAGAGAAGGAGGAAGUAGGAGAGGAGAGGAAAGAGCAGUGCAGCAGGCCGGAGCGAGACGUGGAGCUGGCAUUCAUGGAGAAAUUCCUCCUGGAUGUGGUGCCGGUGGAGAGGGAGAGAGAAGCGGAGACGCCUCCACGAGGAGAGGAUUGAGCGGUUCUGCACGGCGGCAUCCAUGCCGGCGACGACAUUAUGGUGACGGCAGCUGCCAUGGCUUUUUUCUCUUGUCUUGGUUCUUUAGCUUUCUCCUUUUCGUUAUCCUGAUAAGGCUGAGGAAGUGAAGUCGCGAAGGGGACGAUGAGUAAGAAAGAAGAGCAGAGGUGAGGUGGAGGUGGAGCCCGUGGGAUUUUGUGGAUCGGUUAAUCCGUACUAGGAGUUGGAUCGGAUCCGCUUUUAAGACAAAGCCUGCAUGGUAGCCCACAGGCUCAACCCAC